GAACAUGGAAAGUGCACAAUAGAUCAUCAUUCCUGCUGAGAAAACCACUCCUGGCAAUAAUGCUACUAGCACAAAAAGUUCCUUUAAACUAUAAUUCAUUCAUUCAAUUAAUGAUUUAUUUAAUAUUUCAUCAAACGCUUAAUAAGACAUUGAAGUAGAUACUGAAUUAUCACACAGAUGGUUGCAUAUACUCAAUUAGGGGAAGCAUUUUAUGUCCAAAAUCUCAUCUAUGAUUUUUGAAUAUAGGGAUAAUUUUUUUUGCUUUUGUUUUUCUGUAUAACAUGAACUCUAUAUAUGUAAACACUACUCCGUAGAACAUUAUGGAAACAUCCAGCAAUCUGACAUCUCUCCUUUCAACCUUUUAUCUGACAGCCAUUCCAGGAAUGGAAGAGGCACAUGCCUGGAUCUCCAUUCCUUUUUGCUGUCUCUAUACCAUUGCCCUAUUUGGAAAUAGCAUGAUCCUGUUUGUCAUUAUCACAGAACAGAGCCUCCAUGAGCCAAUGUACUUUUUUCUUUCUAUGCUGUCAGCCACUGACUUAGGCUUGACUACUUCCAUAAUGUCAACAACACUAAGUGUCCUUUGGUUUGAUGCCAGAGAUAUCACCAUUGAUGGCUAUAUUGUCCAGAUGUUCUUCCUUCAUGUGUUCACUUUCAUGGAGUCUGGGGUCCUGGUGGCCAUGGCCUUUGAUCGAUUUGUGGCUAUCUGUGAUCCUUUGAGAUAUACCACUAUCCUCACCAAUGCCAGGAUUACACAAUUAGGUGUGGCAAUGUUCAUCCGUAUGAUAGUUUUAAUGUUGCCCUUGCUCUUAUUAUUUAAGAAGCUGUCAUUCUGUGGUCCUAAUGGCCUUUCUCACUCCUACUGUUACCACCCUGAUGUGAUUAAGUUGUCAUGCUCAGAUACCAAAGUCAAUAGUAUAUGUGGGUUAGCAGCUCUCAUCCUGAGCACAGGAAUUGACACACCAUGCAUUGUUCUUUCCUACAUCCUGAUCAUUUGCUCUGUCCUCAGCAUAGUAUCUCCCAAAGAGCAGAAAAAGGCUUUCAGCACUCUUGGGUCUCACAUAGGGGCUGUUGCCAUCUUUUAUAUUCCCAUGAUUAGCCUAUCCCUAACACAUCGCUAUGGUCAGAUGGCUCCCAAGAUUGUACAUACAAUGAUGGCCAACAUCUACCUGAUGCUCCCACCCAUGCUGAACCCCAUUAUAUACAGUAUGAAAACAACCCAACUUCGCAAAGUAAUGGGCAAAUUACUCUUUGCAAAGUAGACUCCAGUGUGAGUCUGGAAUAAGGAAAAACUAAAAUGGAAGAUGUGAUGUAACUUUAGUGGAUGGUUCUAAAAAUUAUAUUUAAAAGGUCUCCAGCUAGUCUUUGAAGUCAUGCUCCUUUGAAGAAUUAUAGCAGAGAUAGCUAGAUGGUUCAGCAGAUAGAGAGCCAGAACUGGAGAUCAGAGGUCCAAGGUUCAAAUCUGGUCUCAGUCUCUUCUUAGCUGUGUGACCCUGGGCAAAUCACUUAACUCCAAUUGCCUAUCCAUUUCCACUUUUCUUCCAUGGAACCUAUACUUUUUAUGAAUUCUAAGACAGAAUGUUAAGGACUUGCAAAAAGAAAAAAAGAAAGGUUUUGGCAGUGAGAGCAUUGGUUUUUUAACUCCUUCUGAGCACUAUUCCCAUAAAUAGAAGGGACAAUGGUCCAUAACUUCAUAAACUUCUUAAUAAAUACUUUCAUAUU